UUAGAUUUAUGUUACCGUUUUAAAGAUAGCAUGAACGAAUUUUAAGUUUUCAUAAUGAAGGGAUUACCAGCAUUAGUGCUUACAUACGUAUUCAAUGUACUUGCAGUUGCAUCAACAGAUUAUGCCCCGGGUAUCUACUGCAACAACGUAACUAAAACUUGGAACGAAUCAGUGGAAGAUUGUAAAGACAAAGGUGGAACUCUGGUUUCGUAUGUGACAGAUAUCGGUAAAACUCUUGACGAGCUUUGUCUGAAAGAAGACAUAGAUGUCUGGACAGCUGAUUAUGCGUGGGAACCGAAAAGGAGUGGAUUUAGUAGUGCACGUAUUGUAUCAGUUAUGUUCUCACAUAAUUGCUCUAUUUUACUUUUUCUAUUACGUUUCUCUGGUAUCAUAGUAUAGGAUAAGCUCUGAGAUAACAUUUCAUAACGUUCAUGACCACAUACUGUGUUAUCACAUAUGCGAGUAAUGUAGAAAUCUUCAAAAGAGUUCACAUUGAGGUCGACCCAUAGACAUGGUUAUUCUAUGGUACCAGCGGACGUCAACAUAUAAAGAAAACGAAAUAAUUGUAUAGAAUGAUAUAUUUUAUACUGUAAAAGCUACAUAUUGUAAGAUGCGCU